AUGCCAGCCAAACGACGAUUCGCGUCUCGCUUCCCAACGACAAGAAUUAAAAAAAUAAUGCAAUUAGAUGAAGAGAUCGGCAAGUUGACAGCUACUGUCCCUCCUGUUGUUUCGAAAGCUAUCUCCGGCCUUCGGAAAAUCAAUUCCCUGAAUAGGAGUCGUGGGCCUAAUUUGGGUUUAUUGCCAGCAAAUAAAGCUGGUAAGAUGCGCAAAAAUGGGAAAGCUGUUGGAAAUUCAAGCAAUGGUUCUGUCUCGUUUGACAGUUCUGGUAUUCGGAACGAAAGUCUAGUCGAUUAUCAGUAUACUGAAGCAUAA